ACCAUUCUUUCUCUAUUCUCUACCACCACUUAUACAAUUAAUUGCUGCACUCAUAAAUCACCUGUCAAUAGAAGAAGAUGCUACACAAGAGAAUCCAAAUACAAAAAAAUAAUUGUUUCUCUUUCUCCUUUAGUAUUAUAUAUAACACCCUACACCAUUUUCUUUCAUUGCAUAAACUAAUUGCACGUUUAUUCAACUCAUCAAAUAUAAUAAGCACAAGAGUCUCCAAAACAUCAACACACACACACACACAACACCUUCCUUAGUUGACUUCCAUCAUCACCAUUUUCACCUGUACUUCCUAACUCUAUAGUUUUUGUUGACUUUUUUUGUUUGUUUGUGUUUUUUCAUGUUGUGUCAUGUGUGGUGGAACACUUUGUAUCAUAGAUUAAACUUUCUUAUUACAUGUUAAUUAAUUUCUGCCUCAUAAUAUGUCAUAGUUAACCAUCUUUAUACUCCAUCUCUUUGGUCUUCACUAAAUUCAACAAUCAAAUUUUUUUCUCACAUUAGUUAUUAGAAAUUUUUAUAAAUAUUGGCUAAUUAACUUUGGUUAAUUAGUCUUUUGUCAUCAUAACAAAAAAUGGUUGAGAGGAAUGGUAGCAAGAAUCAUAACCAAACAUUUGAUGUCUCAAUUGAUCAACAAAGAGAUUCUAAGCAUUUCGACGAUGAUGGUCGUGUCAAAAGAACCGGAACUGCAUGGACGGCAAGUGCACAUGUAAUAACAGCUGUGAUUGGUUCUGGAGUGUUGUCUCUUGCUUGGGCUAUUGCUCAACUUGGAUGGAUUGCUGGUCCUAUUGUCAUGAUUCUCUUUGCCUGGGUUACUUACUACACCUCCAUUCUUCUUUGUGAAUGUUAUCGUAACGGCGACCCUAUCAAUGGCAAGAGAAACUAUACUUAUAUGGAUGCUGUUCAUUCAAAUCUUGGUGGUAUUCAAGUUCAAUUAUGUGGGCUAGUUCAGUAUCUCAAUCUUGUUGGAGUUGCAAUUGGAUACACUAUAGCAUCUGCCAUAAGCAUGAUGGCAAUUGAAAGGUCAAAUUGUUUCCACAGGAGUGGAGGAAAAGAUCCAUGUCACAUGAACAGCAAUAUUUAUAUGAUUUCAUUUGGUUUAGUGCAAAUUGUAUUCUCUCAAAUUCCAGAUUUUGAUCAACUAUGGUGGCUAUCUAUUUUAGCUGCUGUUAUGUCCUUUACAUACUCCACAAUUGGUCUAGGCCUUGGUAUUGGAAAAGUUAUAGAACACAAAAAGAUUGAUGGAACCAUGACUGGGGUAGAUGAUGUGACAAAACCUCAAAAAAUUUGGGGGAGUUUGCAAGCUCUUGGUGACAUAGCCUUUGCUUACUCUUACUCCAUGAUCCUUAUAGAAAUUCAGGAUACGGUAAAAGCACCACCUCCAACCGAGGCGAAAACAAUGAAGAAGGCUACAAUAAUAAGUGUUGUAGUGACAACAUUUUUCUACAUGCUUUGCGGCUGUUUUGGAUAUGCCGCGUUUGGAAAUUCAAGUCCGGGAAACCUUUUAACCGGUUUUGGAUUCUAUAACCCAUUUUGGCUACUUGACAUAGCCAAUGCUGCCAUAGUUAUUCACCUUAUUGGUGCAUACCAAGUUUACUGCCAACCCCUUUAUGCUUUCGUCGAAAAUUACACGUCAAAAAGAUUCCCAGACAGUGAUUUUGUGAAUAAAAUCAUAAAAGUUCCAAUCCCUGGUUUCCGAGCAUACGAACUCAACCUAUUCAGAUUGGUUUGGAGGACGAUUUUUGUGAUAUUAACAACUUUAGUAUCGAUGCUCCUUCCAUUCUUCAAUGAUAUUGUUGGACUUCUUGGUGCGCUCGGAUUUUGGCCUCUUACCGUUUAUUUUCCAGUGGAGAUGUACAUAAUUCAAAAGAGAAUACCGAAGUGGAGCUCGAAAUGGAUUUGUCUUCAAUUGCUUAGUGUUGCUUGUCUUAUAAUCUCUAUAGCUUCUGCAGUUGGUUCUAUUGCUGGGAUUAUUCUUGAUCUUAAAGUUUAUAAGCCAUUCAAAACUGUCUAUUGAUUCAAUAUUGUUACUACACUAACUUUGUGUAUGAUCAGUAUAUGAUUUGGGACUUUAUGAGAUGCGAUUUCUGUUGCAACUUGUGUAAAGGGAGAAAUAUUGUACACAACUAUUAAGACUUUAUUUUAUUAAAAGGGAAAAUAUUUAUAUUGUA